AUGAGCAAGAAGAAGUCCUGUCCUGGAGGAGAGAAGUGGGACACCCUGCUCAGCGCCUGCAUCCAUGAAGGCGCCGCACCUGGACCCUCCGACGAUCCUCUCCUACCCUCAGACCCGGAGCUCAUGGCUGCUUCUCCUGUUGGACGGUCUCAGUCCACGUCUCAAGUGAGUCCCAUGCUCUGGACGCUUGUGGUACUGACCACUGCGGGCUCCGUCUUGGCGCUGGUGUUGUGGAUGGUCAUCUUCAUCCGGAGGAGGCGCAGGACUACCGGGUUCAGGGCUCCGGAUCAUCCCACAAAAACCGAGUUCCUGAACAAACCUGCAGCGCUACCGACAGGUGUCUCCAGCAGCGAGUCCCAGGGCUCCGCCCACUCAUGCCACCAUGACCUGCCGCACCCGUCCGCCCCCUCCGGGCCCUCGCUUGGUCCAGUCUGGAGCCACAGGGUCCCGCUUCCUGCCACAGAGCUGGGGGGCACCGCUCUGGUCACCACCAAGACGGUCGCUGGAGGCGCCGGGUCGUGA